CUGGAUUAAAGGGGGCGGAUUCGCAUGUGAAUUGAUGCCGAAAGUUAAAGCUCGAAGUCGUUUUGCAGAGUGAAUUUGGAGAAAGAGAACAGACUGCUGGCAGACAGUGAUUAUUCUGAAAAGUCUAAAUCUAUUGUGCACGGUGCAACGCUACGAGGAAUCUCAGACAUUCCUUAAAAAGUCUUGGAAUUCAAAUUUUCAUUUGUCAAGCUGCGUAAAAAGGCUCUUGCUUUCAAAGACGCUCUAGUGUUACUCAUUGUAACAUCGGAUCAACAUCAAGACUCUACGAUCUUUGUUUUUUCUUCUUUAAAGGUUCAGGUGUCGUCCUUGUAUAUUUUCCCUCCAGAUUUAAGGGAUGAAUACUUUUAAGUGGAAAAUCCAUACUCUGCUUGUAUUCUGGUGUAUAAGGUGAGUUACAUACGGCUUAUUCACUAAGGCUGCUGUACUCGAUUACAAAAUACGGUUAAAGUUUAAAUUGAUUUGCCAUCGACGAGUAAGACCUACUGGAUCUCAUGCAGAGUUUUUACUGAUAAACAAGAUAAUCUACAGAGCGUCUGCUUUGUGGACUUAGAAGCGGUGCAACCAAACGGGGAGCUGAACGAUAAUGAUUACAUGGAAACAGCAGAUUAGUAAUAAGUCAACGCGAGGAGGAUCGCCAUGACCUUCCUUACAUAAAGGCCUAAUUUCAUGCUAAUAAACACUUGUCCUUUCAAGAACAAAGAAUUUUAGUGAAAGGUAUUUUAAAUAGCCAUAGACCGAGCACUUCAAGAUAGGAAAUACAUCCCAGACAAAUAAGCAUAAGCGCUUAACUUUUAAUCUUCGACGAAUCGUGACCUGUUUUAUUGAUUUUCGAUGCAGCGUUAUGGCGUAUCCCAUUUUUUUUGUUGUUGUUCACUGAUGUAUAGUGCCAGCAUAUAGUCUGAACUAGCUGUGUGUAUGUACAAUUGGGUUGAUGCCUGUGCGUGCAAUUAAAAGAAGUGAUUACGUGAACUAUGUAUAGUGAAAACCCAGAAAAGUUUUUUGUCUUAACAACUUAAGUGUGGGCUGGCUGUUGACUGAUUUUAUAGCAUCUGCGAGUGCCAUCACAAUUUUAACAGUAAGGACAGUGCACUUCGCUUUACUUGUGAUAAUUAGCUUAAACAAUGUAAACAUGCUCGAACAGUUGACGUGACUUUAUUCAGUGGGGUAAUUGCUUUCAACACAUCAUCAAGUGGAUUAAAGGCAGCUCAUUCAUAUUGCAUAAAGACAACAACCUCAUUCACGGGAAAAUUUGUCAUUCUGGAGUUGCUCGUGUUUGUGUUUUUAGACAGAGCUAAGUCAUUACAUGCUUUGGGGCCGGGGGGGGGGGGGGUGGGGGAGGACUACUCAACAAUGUGUUAUACGGGGAGGCUCCGCCCGGAGGUCCAACCCUUUAACCUUUUAUAUACCAUUUUUGACAGAAGAGGUACCCUUUCGUACACGUUCUAUUGACAAAUGAUUUCCCUUUCACAUACUUACUAACAAAUAAGUUUUCAUUUCAUGCAACGUUUAAUAAAUGUAAUUGAUUCGGCAACAAGGUGCGUCUGUUCGAAAUGUUUUAAUUAAAGACCUUUGUAAACACUUUUCAUACGGUUCAACUCAGAAAAUCCCUACUCUUUUAUAUACUUGAAGCCCGAAAAAAGGUAAAAUCUCUUUCGUGCUGCGCCUCCCUGUUACAUGAUAGGAUUUUAUAACCCCAGGCCUAGGGGUUAGAGGAUAUCAUCCGAGUUGUCAUCUAUCAUACACCAACCUAGCAGGUGGUCUUGUUUCAAAGGGAUUAUUUUUUUGUAGUUGUAGCACAGGGACGGGGAAGAGGAAAUCUCGUCCCAAUGUGUGGUGCGAAAAAGCCCCAGGACUUUCUGAUGGCCAAAGGAAGGUUUGUCAUAGGGUACCCGGACUUCAAACUGCAAUCAAGAAAGGGAUCGAGAAAGGGCUCUCAGAAUGCGAACGGGAAUUUAAAUGGAGCAGAUGGAACUGUACUUUGCUAGGAGAAAAAAACCUUCUUCAGCGAGCGCCAGGUGAGACAUGCAAUCCCUAUUGUCCAAUAACUUUAUCUUGUUUACUUUAACUCCAACAUCGUCGGAGUGUCAAAUUGAUAAAUAUUUUUCUUUACGAAGAGUCACGCACCAAGAAAAAAAUUUUAAGGCAGUAAAUACUUUGCCCAGGAUUACAAUCUCGAUGAUUCAUGUGGCCUCUUUAUAUCUCUCUUUUUUAGGGCUUCUUGGUUAAAUAACGUAUUUGAGAAUCAACUUGACAAACGGCUGAAAAAACAUAGCCUUUGGGCAGCACACAUAACAUACUUAAGCUUAUCUAUAGGAGAGUACAGCCCGCCAUGCUCAGGGACAGACCUCAUACCACCGGAUCACGAUAAAUAACCUCUUUAUGGACCAUUUCACAAUGCAAAUGAUCUGAAAGUUUUUAUUUUAUGUAAUAUAUAUAUAUAGAUGGUACUAAGGAAACUGCGUUUACCACGGCAAUGCUAUCAGCCGCCAUAGCUUUUAACAUAGCAAAGGCCUGCACAGCUAAAGAUGUCACCGAAUGCAGCUGCGAAGGAGUGAAAAGACCCUUCCGCGGACAGCCAUGGAAGUGGAAAGGCUGCAAUGUAAAUAUUCGCUUCGGUUCUUACGCUGCUGAGCGGUUUAUGAUGAGUGGAAGGAGUAAUGACACCAAACUCAAAAUGAUGUCGAGACACAAUGUUAGAGCUGGCCUUGAGGUACGUUUUUGUUUUCGCAACAGUCGGCAACAGUAUCCCCGGCAACAGAUGAGAAUAUUUGGGCGAAGGUUCCUUGAUUCAAAAUACUGCAUUUCAAUGAUAGUACGUCUUGCAUUGAAUCGAUAACGGCAGCAUAAGCUUAUUUUUUUCAAAAUGGACACGUUUUAAGAUUUGUGGAUGUUUCUGAAGAGCCACAGGAACUGUUCAUACAUGAAGGAAAAUGGUUCAUUGCUACCGUGGUUUGAUCAAAUAAACGAGAUCAGUAGGCGAUUUGCAAUAAGAGGUCAUGUGACAUCGUUUUUAUAAAAACUGAAAAUAAAAGUGAUUUUUUCUUCAAAAAACGAUUAGUGGGUCAUAUCUUUGACAAAAUAAUAGUGAUUUUGUUUUGCAAACCUGCAACAUUUUCUUAAAAUGAGUAAUUUCGUUGCUGGUCACGUGACCAAAAUGUGAUUUUUAAAAUUAUGAAUUACCUCUUUCUGAACACAAACUUUGCGCUUAGACCUCAAGGGAAAUGUUGAAACGUUGAUGUGGGAACGUUUACAGCACAUCUGAGCGUAACUAUCAAACGUUUAAGAAGAUCUAAGCAAAAAGUAGUUUUGUCCGCCAUCUUGGAGGGCAAGAGUAUGCCAUCCAAAAUGGCGGCCAAUACAAAUGAUACUACUUUGUUGAAAAAUCAAAGUGCCGUAAAAUGUCUCCCGUAAAUGUGUUUCCUCUAAAAUUUCGGGUGCAAGAUAAUUUUUAUGCGCUCUUUGGCAUCAGCUAGAUUCCAGCUCAUUGUUUAAAGAAAACAUUGGUCACGUGACCUCUUAGUGCAAGUGGCCUAUUAAAUCCCUCGAAAUAAAGCCUCCCUGGGCCGUACAGUCAGGUUUAUCGCAUAAUGAGGUGGACGUACUGACGUAAGGCGCAUGCGUACGGUCAUCCGGAUUUUCCUGACUCAUGUUUUGUUUGGUUUCUUUGGUCAACGAACUGGCAUUAAGGCCCCGUUCAGAUUGAGGAAACUUCCGGGUAGAAGGGUCACUCUUCUACCCGAACUACUCUGGCGAGCCAGCUUUUCAUAUUACAUUUCCUUUCAAAACUUGGUGAUUUACAUAAGAAACAAAAGUUGAUUCUGCUAGAAGGGUGACCCACCAGCAGUAGACGGUUCACCCUUUUUCCAUGGUAAGGUCUGUUACCUUCCUGGUCGGGCCAACUUUUCUCCAUACAAACACUUUGGCCAGGUCAACUCAGCGUUUUUGAGCGACGUCAACCGGAUUUGGACUUCUUGCAUCAUUUGGGAGUGGUUUCGUUGAAACUCUCGAAUGAAUCGUCUUCAUAAGAGAAACGAAACUUAGUAAUACAAAUUUGUUAGCGUCAAGGCAUAUAAAAAGAAAGAAGGGUUCACUUCCGGUUGAAGUGUGUCGCUCAAAACGUCUUUGCACAUGCUCCCCAUUCAGAGCUUGCGCGAGAACGCUGUGGUCAGCGGCAUGGCUGUGGCAAAGAGAUCAUUUUUUUCUCACAUAAACACAUCACAAAAAUUGACUCGGCUUUGUUGAGAGGGUGACCCCCCUUCCCGGGACAACUUUUCUUCAGACAAACGAGGCUUAAUGGUAACUUUUUCUUUUUUUUCUUUUUAGGUUUUAAAAGAAAAUAGAGUAAUCAGGUGUACUGUAGGAAAUACAGGGAACGUGAAGUCAUGUCACCUUACCUUGCCACCACUCGAGAAAAUCAGCAGAAUUCUUAAAGCAAAAUAUAACGGAGCUAAUGAGGUAUUCCCUUCCCUACGAGAAAAUAAGAAGUCCCUCUAUCUGUUGAACAGGGCACGAUUCCGAAAUCGACAAAGUGGUAACCGCCCAAAAAAAUCAGCAUUGGUUUUCCUGGUGAAAUCUCAGUACUGUUAUCGCCAAGAUGAAUAUCGAAUACUAGGAACGCAGGGACGCUUGUGCCGACGAAACACCAAUAAGGAAGACGAUUGUAUCUUUCUUUGCUGUGGUCGCGGAUACAGUAGAAAUGUGUCUCAUAAGAAAAGAUUUUGUAACUGCAAAAAAGGUCCCAGUGCGCCUUGCAGCUGCAAAUUAUGUACAGACGUCGUGAUCGAAAACAAGUGUUUGUGAUGAUACUGCUGACAGUGCACUUUUUAUGAAGUUACUUGGGGGCUGCCUUACCAACAACAACAGCCAAACAAAGAAAACAUUGUUUCAAAAACAUACAUGGCUGAGAGAGCAAUAAAGUCAAGGAACUAAGUUUAGGGAGUAGCGUACUUUACUCGCUCGGCUCAUCUGAUUGCAGAAGACGUCAUAAUUUUUAUCGUCGUUACAUGGCCGUAACAGUUUUAUUAGUCUUUCUAGUUUCAUAACAGGAUAUACAGUAUAAAGCCUAUGACAGUCUCUUUUUUUGCUCAGUUAAGCUUUCUUAAAAUCGUCGGGGGACUACAUCUGCCUUGGUUUUACAAGACAGCAAUUCUCUUGCUUGUUAUCGACAUCAUUCACAUGUCAAAUGGCGUAAUUACCUAGAGGGACAUUAAAGCAUAAUGAUUUUUAUUGUUAACUUGGAUUGUGAAGUCGAAAGCCUGAAUAACCACCCUACACGG